AUGGAGUCCACUACUUCCAGCAUCCUUUCAGAUAUUAUUGGGGUUCAUCUCCCAGAGAUGGGAUCUAUAUAUUGCUUUGGAAAAUCACAGGCAGGUGCUGGGAUUCUCCGACCUUGUGAAAGACCUCUUGGAAAGGCGAGGAUAGUCAGAGCUCGGGAAAUCCUUGGGCAAUCUUUGACCUGUCUCCAACGAGAUGGCGACAGUUACAUCAAGGAAUUAGCAGAUCUGCUUAUUCACCACGGCCACGUAUAUGAUGCCAAAUCUACUAUGACUACCAUAUGGAAUGCCAAAGUGGAACAUCACCAGUCACAGCUGGGAGAUCCCAGUGAAUAUAUCUGCACGAGGUCACCGCAAGUCAACUCUUGCAGCGGAGCUCGCAGGAGUGAUGAUAUUGUCGAGGACCUCGAAUUCCAAGCCUCGUCUCGUGCGCCGACUAUUAUUUCAUCCAUUUCCAUAGUACAUGAGGAGGCCUCGAAUGUCAACCCAGAUCGUCGUGGUCCUUAUAUCGAAUAUGACCGGCUCACGGAAGAAGAAGCCGUUGAAGAGCCCAUGCAACUCCCAAUUUCAGAAGUUCCCAAUAUCGAGUGCCACAGUCUUGUUGGUAUUCGUGAGCGCGUGGAAUCCGAGUUUGAGGCGGUGACCGAACACACUACUAAUAGCUGCUUGUCGGGAUCUUCUACUAUUCUUGUCUGUAUCUGCAGUCUCCUCCAGAUCAAAGUGGACAAUACUCAGGUCCAUGAUGAUGCAGGCCAUGCAAGUAAACAAACUGUUGUUGAAUUCAAGUUCCAGAUGGAUCUUCUGUAUUCCCUUCGAGACCGGGUUGCAAUUAUGGCGCCUUGGUUGAUAAUGGUGGUGAUGCUUUUUGUGCAAUUGUCCUGUCUUCUGUUUUGA